AUGUUUUCAUCAGAGCUCGACUUAUUUACUAAGAGAAAUGAUGAAUAUCCAGUUGUCAAACGUAUGAGUCAAAUAUUAUGGACUAGUGUAUGGACUAAUGGUGCAAUGAAACAUCAAUGUCAAGCUACUUCGAUUCCGUAUCAUAGUUUUACUGAUGGGUCUAAAAGUUGUGAUGGUAAUGGUACUGGAUAUGUUGAUAUAUCUGGUCAAAAAUUUAAAAUCUCGGAAAUGCAAGUUUAA